CUCCCGGCUCCGCCCCGCCCCGUGCCCCCGGGCAGCUGAGAGGCAUGAGACAGCGAUGGCGUUCCAGGCACCCGGAUCUGGGACGCUGCAGCCCCGGAGCGGGACAUUCAGGGCACCUGGGGCUCCCCCCCUGCGGGACAGACCCAGGGCAGGGGACAGCAGCUGCUUCCCCUCCAGUCUCUCCUCUCCCUCCGGGGCCUGCCUGAACCCCCAUGCGACCCGAGGCCUCAGCUUGCAGGACUCCGUCCCAUCGCACCUCCAGAAGAGGGAGUUCCUUCCUGCUGCCCCCGCAGCCACGACCGCUCUGCCGGCCCCAGGGGCCCUGCUGCAGCACAGGCCGCGGCGGGUGACCGUGAUCCGUAACUGUGGCUCCAACACCCUGAACUUUGAGUUCUAUGACACGGCUCCCCGCCUAGCGUGCAACGGCGCCACCGAGCCGAGGAGAACAGCCCCCGGGAGCUCAGUGAGUGACUGGUACCAGACCUGGCCUGCCAAAGAAAUGAAGAAGCCAAGUGCCCAGGUGGUGCCUGUCCCUCUCCCCCCAGCCGGGUCAGCACUGAGCCCCCUGCAGCAUGGCCCCCCACCUGCACCCCGCCCAGCCCCCUGGUCAGCCACCUGGACCAAGGACAGCAAGAGAAAGGACAAGCGAUGGGUGAAGUAUGACGGGAUUGGCCCAGUGGACGAGUCGGGGAUGCCGAUUGCAUCGCGAUCUAGCGUGGACAGGCCCCGGGACUGGUACCGCAGCAUGUUCCAGCAGAUCCACCGCAAGCUCCCAGAACCGCAGCUGGACUGGGAUUUCCACCGCCGCACGGAGCCACCAACAGGUCUCGCGCCCCUUGACUCUGCUUGCCUGCGCCGUGGGCUGGGGGCAAUCCCUGCCCCCCAUCCACACCAGCUUUUCCUGUUCUUUGGGCCCAGGGGGGGCCAGCAGGCAGCCGCCGAUGCAGCCCAGGAGCCCAGGAGCAUUUUCGACUACGAACCCGGGAAAUCGUCCGUCCUCGACCAUCCCAACCCGGCUGCUGAGCCCCGCUCGGGAAGUGGAGAGAGCUGGUACCAGUUUCUGAAGGGACGCGCCGUCUGCACCUUGCCCCCCCAGGUGCUACUGGAGAGAGAGCUAAAGCAGCUUAGCGAGGCGCUAGACGAGGACAUGAAAGCCAUGGAGACACAGUGGGACCCUCGCGAGGUACCCCCAGCUCUGCUGGGCCAGGCCACGUGCCGGGGGCCAGUACCGCUCGCGCUUCCCUCAUCCUCUUCUCUCUCCCACCCCGCAGGACCCACCGGUACCUCCUGGGGCUUGUGCUGCUGGCUCUGCUCCUGCUCCCGCAGCCUGCCGUCCACCCGCCGUCCCCAGCCUGCCGUGGGGCAGAGCCCCCCCGCUGCCCCACCCCACCCGCCUGCCAGCCCCGGCAUGGAGAGCGGGGGCCUGGCCAUGAGCGAUUGGAUCAGGUCUCCCCCCAGGAAAGAUCCCCUAGGCCACCCCGGGAAAAGCCCAGUGGCUGAUGCGAGCAAGUCCGUGGAGGGGAUGGAUGGACCGGUGAAGAGAGAAGAAAAGAAGAUGAAAGCUGCUCGGCUCAAGUUUGACUUCGUGGCCGAGUCCCCCAAGGAGCUGACCCUGCAGAAGGGGGACAUUGUCUAUAUCCACAAAGAGGUGGACAGGAACUGGUACCGGGCGGUUUAUCAGUACCGACCCCAGAACGAAGACGAGCUGGAGCUGCAGGAAGGGGACCGGGUGGACGUCAUGCAGCAGUGUGACGACGGCUGGUUUGUGGGUACGUUUGCCAGCUGGGAGCCGAAGGGGGGGGGCUCUGCCCGUGGGCUCCUGGGGGAGCAGGACACAAGGCAUGAAUCCAUCAAAGGCUGCUACAAGGAGGAGGGAGCAAAAUGGUUCUCCCUGACCUCUGAGAAUAGGACGUUAUUCCCAAUGUCCAACCGAAAUCUCCCGUAA